AUGGGGAUCGAGAACCACAGUCCGGCGGCGGUGGCGACGCUGAUCUUCACAUACGGCACUCUGAAGAAGGGAUUCUCCAAUCAUGGCCUGAUGCAAGAUCUGAUGCGCACAGACGACGCGGCCUUCCGAUGCAAUUGCCGCACCGUCGAACCCUACCCUCUCGUCUGCGGGCCCUACCGCGUGCCAUUCCUUCUCAACCUCCCCCGCGCCGCCGGCUCCGCCCGAGUCUCCGGCGAGCUGUACGCCGUCUCCGCCCGAGGACUCGCCCGCCUGGACGAGCUCGAGGGUACGGCGCGCGGCCACUACGAGCGGCUGCCGAUCAGAGUGGACCCCAUUGACGGCGGAGGAGGAGAGGAAACCACCGCAUGUGUGGUGGAGGCGUAUUUUGCGGUGAGAAGCUACGCGGCGGAGAUGUGGGAGAGGUGCGGGAAGAGAGGGUAUUGGGUGUACGGCGAGAAAGAGGCGAGGGGUUAUGUGAGUAGGAAGGAUCGGCCUCAGAAUCUGAGCUUUCUGGAGCAGAUUCAGCUGUUCGUGUCUUCUUCUUCUUCUUCCAGUUCUCCCGACGACGGCGAACUCUGA